UCUGAGUUUUUAGUGUCACUACAAUUACACACAGUACAAAAAUUAGACAAUUUUAAAGAAUUUACUUUUAUUUACUUUCAAGAAGAUGGACAAGAUAAUGAUUUGCAUUAUAGGAUCGGGCAACUGGGCCACGACUAUAGCCCGCAAUGUGGGAAGAAAUGUUAUCAACUCGCUGACCCUUGAUGAAAAGGUUCCGAUGUAUGUUUACGAGGAAAUUGUGGAUGGUCGCAAGCUCACCGACAUAAUAAAUACUACGCACAUUAAUGCCAAGUAUAUGCCAAACUUUGAACUGCCGCCAAAUAUUGUGGCUGUCGACGAUAUUGUGGCCACGGCUAGGGAUGCAGAUAUUAUAAUAUUUGCUAUUCCGCCGACCUUUGUCAGUAGCUGCUGCAAAACCCUAUUGGGCAAAGUCAAGCCCACGGCUCAUGCCGUCUCCCUAAUCAAGGGUUUCGAGCGUGGGGAUGAUGGGCAAUUCGUUUUGAUAUCCCAAAUUAUAAUGAGGCAGUUGAAGAUUCCCUGCUCUGUUUUGGUGGGCUGUAAUCUGGCCUUUGAGAUAGCCAACGAUCACUUUGCCGAAGGAACUGUGGGCUGUCGCGAUCAGAAGUACUACCGAGUGCUGCAUGACAUUUUUAGGUCCCCCACUUUUCGGGUGGUGGUCACCGAGGAUGCCGAUUGUGUGGAGAUCUGCUCCACUUUGAGGAACAUCAUUGCCUUUGCUGCUGGCUGUUCGGAUGGCAUGGAGCUGAAUGAGAACACAAAGGCUGGGAUUAUUAGGAGGGGAUUUCUGGAAAUGUUGCAAUUCGUUGAUGUUUUUUAUCCCGGCUGCCGCAUGGGCACUUUUUUCGAGUCCUGCGGCAUAUCCGAUUUGGUUACCAGUUGUUAUGCCAAUCGCAACCGCAAGCUGGCCGAGGCUUUUGUAAAGACCGGCAAGCCGCUGAGUGAGCUGGAGCAUAUCCUUAUACCAGGACAUGAGCCACUGGGCCCAGUGACAGCUGAACUAGUGCAUUAUAUGCUCAAGAAAAAGGGUUUGGAGGAUAAAUUCCCGUUGUUUACCACUGUGUACAAGAUCUGCAUCGGGGAUUCUCCUUUAAGCCGUUUGGUGGAAACCCUCAUUAAGGCCCGCGAUGACAUCUUCCACCCGAUGCACACGUUCCAGCUCUAAAGGAGCCCCUACUCUUAUUGAUCCCAGAAUAACAAUGACUUCUCCCUGGAAACACGUUCCUCUUUAAAUGCAUAAUGAGAUUUAAAUAAAUCCAGAUUCCGAGCUAAAAUCAAA